CUUUUAAAAGCAGCUGCGGAGAAAACAGUAAUAUUAAAGGCAGACUCAGUUGGGAGGAAGCAGCAAUACAAUAACCAUCACUAAACCACUUCUUGUUAGAGUUCAUGCAUCUUUAGUUUCGCACCCUGGAGACUCAGGUUGGGUUGUCCUGUCAGCUGAUUGCUGGGUAAGUUGCCAGGUUUACAGUUUGACUGAUAUUUUAAUCACUACAUUCAACAGAAGAUUUCAGUCUGCUGUUCUUUCAGUGUUUUACUGAAAUUCAUCUGUAGCCUGAGCUUUAUUACUCACUAAGGAGCUGAAUUUUAUUAUGCCAGUUCUAAUCAGUAUCCUGGCAGUAUGUGCUGAACGGAGACUUGGCUGAAGCACUUCAUUCCUGAUACAGCUCUAGAUUCCAGUUAGGGAGCAAACUUAGAGUUGCAGUUAAGCAAUGCAGCGUGAAGGAUGUAGGAUGAGCGGAGGGGAGCAGGAGCCAGCUGGAGCAGGGAUGAUAACUUUGGAUGAUCUGGACAACAUGACUGAUGAGCUGGGCUCAGACUCUGCAUACAACAGCAAUGGGAGUAUAGAGGAGGAAGCAGAGCCCAUGGAGGAUGGAGAUCAAGACCGGCUGCUUAAUUACUGGCAAACUAUAGGAAGAGGACAUCAAGUCGAGGUACCAAAUGAAAUGGCUGAGCCAAUACAGCAGAUGACAAGGAACAACACCACAGAGGAAAGACAGAGGGUCCCUUUCUUGGUGCUGAGUUGUAAAGAAAAGUGUGGGGAAGUGCUGUACGAAAAACGACAAUAUGGGCAAGCAAAAUGGGCUUGUAUUAAAAUGCAAGAAGAACAAUACGAACAGAGCAUAUGCUUGGGCUUCAUGAAGCUUAUGAGAUAUAUCUGUGAACAAAACUCUUCAGGUUUGUAUCUUGGGAUGACCAUCCCAAUUCUAACAGUGGUACACACAGAUGAAUCUCAGUCAGAACUUACUCGCUCUGUCACUGUGGCUUAUUAUGUCCCAAACCAUCUGCAGGAGCACCCACCUCAGCCAACAGACCAAGACAUAAUCAUUGAAGAAUGGCCUUCAACUGUGGUCUUCACUAGGUCCUUUGGUGGAGCAACUAAUGAAGAAUCCAUAAUGCGGGAAAUCCAUUUACUGGCAGAGCUCCUGGAAUCUCCAGAGUUGUGCCUGCAAGACACGUUCAUUGUGGCUGGAUACACAAAUCCAGCUGCAGCCAACAGACAGAAUGAAAUCUGGUUCCUACAGAGACCAUGACAUCAGACAAGACAGCAACAAGCCAAAAGGACAGUGGCCCCAUAGAAACACACUACAUAUUAUCCCUGCGCUCAGCGAUAAUUAAAUGGAAGAACACUUAACGUUCUUUUUUCAACUAUUUGCUGCACUUUUGGAAACACCAUAUACACAAUGAAUGAUAGAAUUUAUAUGUUGCAUUGCUAGAAGGUUUUAUUAGAUAUGAUAUAGUUUUAACCAAGAGAGAGAUGCAUACAUUUAUACAAAAUAUUUUCACAAUUCUCAAAAUGCUUAGUGCCUUCAAAUGUGGCCCAAAACAGCAAGUGCUACAGAAUACACAUUUUCAUCCCCAAAUGUAUGUGUUAGGGCUUUAGCACACAGGCAGAUUCAGGGAGAUUUAGUCGCCUGGCGACGAAUUGCCUCUUCUUCGGGCAACAAUCUCCCCAAACUGCAUUCCCCUUGCCUUCUGCCUGCUAAAAUGAAAAAUUGCCCGCGGCAAUGCACUCGCUAUGCUUCGAUUUCCGAAGUCGCUCGAACUUGCCUGCCCUGGUGUGUUGGAUUCAGAAACUCUACUAUAGUUUAUAUAAACAAGCUGCUGUGUAGCCAUGGAGGCAUCCAUUCAAAGCUGAAAAAGGAGAAAAGGCA